GUGCAGAGCGGCUUUUGUGCUGUUUCCAUGGUGGAAGCAGCAGCUGGCAGACAAACAGGACGGCAAUAAGAGCACUCUGGACAACUGUCAAUAACAAGAAACGUUGAAAAGGGAAGAAAAUCAAGCCAGAAAUCAAAAUAUUUUCCAUUUCCUUCAGAAAAACACAGAAUUUUCCUCCUCCUCCUCCAACAGCUGUUAGACAAAAGAGAGAAAAUCAAGAAAGAAUAAGCAGAUUAUGCAGAAUUCAAGGAUACGUUACAUGAAAAGUCAAAGGAGAUUAUUUUUCAAUAAGCAAAAAAGGGAAAUAUCUGGAACUGAGUGGGGAGAAAAAGGUCAAUGGUAAAGCCAUGUAGAGCAGACAAUAAGGCAGGCCUCUUCCUGUGAGGAAGAAAACGGCUUCAAUGAAAGCAACACUAAACAAGGCAUUGUAAGAAUUCCAGCCAGGUGAUCCAUGAGUGGAUUGACUCCACGGAGACACUGUAUGAGUGUCUAGACUGUGAGAAAAGCUUCAUUAGAGAUUUUCAUCUGAUGAGACACCAGAGAACUCACACAGAAGAGAAACCUUUUGAAUGUCCUGAUUAUGAGAAAGUUGCAAUUUCAGCCUGAUGAUACACCAGAAGACUCACAUAGGAGGGAAAUGCUUUGAAUGUCCUGAUUGUUCAAAAAGUUUUGGUUGAACUUCCAGUUUGGUGAUACAUCAGAGGAUUCACUCCACAGAGAAACUCUGUGUGUGUCGAGGUUGCAGGAAAAGUUUCAUUAAAAAUUCCCAACUCAUGAGACACGAGACCAUGCACACAGGAGAUAAACCCUUUGAAUGUCCUGAUUGUGGAAAAAGUUUCAGUAGAAAUUCCCACCUCAUAAUACACCAGAGGACUCAUACAGGAGAGAAACCCUUUGAAUGUCCUGACUGUGGGAAACGUUACGGUCAGAAUUCCAGCCUGGUAAUACACCAGAGGAUUCACACAGGAGAGAAACCCUUUGAAUGUCCUGACUGUGGGAAACGUUACAGUCAGAAUUCCAGCCUGGUAAGGCACCAGAGGACUCACACAGGAGAGAAACCCUUUGAAUGUCCUUUCUGUGGGAAAAGCUUUAAUGACAAUUCCAAUUUGCUGAUACACCAGAGGACUCACACAGGAGAGAAACCCUUUGAAUGUCCUUUCUGUGGUAAAGAUUUCAGCCAGAAUUCUUACCUGGUAAGGCACCAGAGGACUCACACAGGAGAGAAACCCUUUGAAUGUUCUGACUGUGGGAAAACUUUCAUUACAAAUUCCCACCUGGUAACACACCAGAGGACUCACACAGGAGAGAAACCCUUUGAAUGUCCUGACUGUGGGAAAACUUUCAUUACGAAUUCCCACCUGGUGACACACCAGAGGACUCAUACAGGAGAGAAACCUUUUGAAUGUCCUGACUGUGGGAAAAGUUUCAGUCAGAAUUCCAGCCUGUUGAAACACCAGACGAUUCACACAGGAGAGAAACCAUUUGAAUGUCCUGACUGUGGGAAACGUUACAGUCAGAAUUCCAGCCUGGUAAGACACCAGAGGACUCACACAGGAGAGAAACCCUUUCAAUGUCCUGAUUGUGGGAAAAGCUUUAGUGAUCAUUCCAAUUUCCUGACACACCAGAGGACUCACACAGGAGAGAAACCAUUUGAAUGUCCUUUCUGUGGGAAAAGUUUCAGUCAGAAUUCCUACCUGGUAAGGCACCAGAGGACUCACACAGGAGAGAAACCAUUUGAAUGUUCUGAAUGUGGGAAAUGUUUCAUUGCAAAUUCCUAUCUGGUGACACACCAGAGGACUCACACAGGAGAGAAACCCUUUGAAUGUUCUGACUGUGGGAAAAGUUUCAGUCAGAGUUCCUGCCUGGUAAUACACCAGAGGACUCACACAGGAGAAAAGCCCUUUGAAUGUCCUGAUUGUGGGAAAAGUUUCAUUACGAAUUCCCAACUGGUGACACACCAGAGGACUCACACAGGAGAGAAACCCUUUGAAUGUUCUGGCUGUGGGAAAGGUUUCAGACAGAAUUCACACUUGGUGACACACCAGACGAUUCACACGGGACAGAAACCCUUUGAAUGUCCUCACUGUGGGAAAGGUUUCAUUGACAAUUCCAGUCUGGUGAGACACCAGAGGACUCACACAGGAGAGAAACCAUUUGAAUGUCCUGAUUGUGGAAAAGGUUUCAGUAAAAAUUCCUACCUGGUGACACACCAGAGGACUCACACAGGAGAGAAACCCUUUGAAUGUCCUGACUGUGGGAAAUGUUACCGUCAGAAUUCCAGCCUGGUAAUACACCAGAGGACUCACACGGGAGAGAAACCCUUUGAAUGUCCUAUCUGUGGGAAAAGCUUUAGUGAUAAUUCCAAUCUGGUGAUUCACCAGAGGACUCACACAGGAGAGAAACCAUUUGAAUGUCCUGACUGUGGGAAAAGUUUCAGUCAGAAUUCCUACUUGGUAAGGCACCAGAGGACUCACACAGGAGAGAAACCCUUUGAAUGUUCUGACUGUGGGAAAAGUUUCAGUCAGAAUUCCAACCUGGUGAAACACCAGUGGACUCACACAGGAGAGAAACCCUUUGAAUGUACUGAUUGUGGGAAAAGCUUCAGUCAGAAUUAUGACCUGGUGAACCAUCAGAAAACUCACUCCGGGGAAAAACCAUAUAAGUGUCCAGAUUGUGGGAAAAGUUUCCUUUGGAAUUGUCGACUGGUGAGUCACCAGAGGACUCACAUAGGAGAGUAACCAUAUGACAGUCCAGACUGUGCAAAGAUUUCAGUACUAAGGAUAGGCUUCUAAAUCAUAAGCUUAUAUACACAGGGGAGAAACCAUUUAAGUGCUUUGAGUGUGCAUGGUGCUUCAGGAAACCUUCCAACCUUAUUGCACACAAGAAAAUGCACCUGGGGCCCAAAGUGAUGAGUGUAGAGAAGGCUCGAAUUUCAUUUCAAAUGUCCCAUUGUAAGUUCAACUGGGAAAUUGACUCUUUAAUUUGAGUACAAAGAAUUUGCCUGAUUUUUUGUCAUCAAAUAUGUCAAUGUAUUAGAUGGGAAGGAGGAAAGAAAAAAGUGGAACAUGUUAAUUUGAUAAGGACUGUUUGGCCAUUAGCAGCAGAAAUUGCUGGAUAUUUUAUUUUUGCAAAAAUUGUAGAAAUCUGCAAACAUCUUCUUAGGAGUGUCCUUCCCAAUUUUAUCAUUAUAAAUGAUAGAAAUGCCAUAUGCAGAGGCCCUGCCUUCUCCCUAGGUGUCCUCAAUAUUUUCAGCCCCAGAAUUCCCAAGCCAGCAUCUUUUUAGAAUAAGAGCACUCAGGCUAUAGUUAUAGACAUAUAGACAUUGUGACUCCUCAUAUAAUGAGAAAACAAGAGGAGAAGAGGAAUACUGUAUUUUUCAAUGUAUAAGGCGCUCUAGAGUAUAAGACGCACCUUAAUUUUUGGGAGGAAAAAAAAAUUCUGCCUCUGCCUACCAGCAUCCAUCGGUAUUCAUCUGGCUAGCUUCCUUGCAGCAAAUAGCGAACAGCCAGGUCAGCUUCAGCACAUUUUUGCAGCCUGAUUCAGCAUGAAUAGCUGAUUGGCGGGUGGAUUAACCCCCCGCCCCCGGAAUACCCUCAAUCAGCUGUUCCAGGCUGCAGAGAUUGUUACAGACCAUCACUGCCUCUGUGCCUUGCAUUUUUGGCCUCUGUGCCUCGCAUUUUCAGCCUCUGAAUGCUCCAUUUCAGACUUGUUCAAGGCUGCAGGAAUCGCCAGAGCAUAUUGCCGCCAAUUGCCACCUCUGUGCAUUGCAUUUUCUGCCUCUGCAUUGUGUUUUCAGCCUCUACAGCCCUGUUUCUGCGUGUCAUGUUUUUGGGUGGUUCCAGGCCACUCAUCCCGCCCAAAAUCGCAAUGCACAGCAGCCAAAAAUGGGGCGUGCGGAGGCCAAAAAUGUGAUACGCAGAGGUUGAAAAUGCAAUGCACGAUGCGCAGAGGCGGCAAUCAGUGAUGAUGUGCUCUGGCAAUUUUCACAGCCUUGAACAUGUCUGAAAUAGAGUGUUAGGAGGCUAAAAACGCGAGGCACAGAAACCAAAAAUGCAAGGCAUGGAGGUGGCGAUGGUCUGUGGCACUCCACUCCCUGCAGCCUGGUAUAAGUCUAAAAUGCGAUGCUUGGAGGCCAAAAAUGACCAAAGGGCGGGGCCAGCGGAUGGGCGGGGCUACAUUCAGUGUAUAAAACGCAGCCAAAUUUUCACCCUCUUAGGAGGAGAAAAGUGUGUCUUAUACUCUGAAAAACACGGUAGUUUAUCUUUUCCUAACAAUUGCAGAGGUAUCAACAUUUAUCCUUUCCUAACAAUUACAGAAAUUCAUUGCGCCAAGCAUCUCUGCUCAAAUUUUGUCAAGAAUGAGGCAUGCAAGUGGAAGAAACCAUACAAAUAGCAAAUAUAUUGGGGGAGUUUGGGGCAGUGACAAAAGCAGUGCAGAAUUUCAGAUGUAAAUGUUCUGCCCUACAGGUGACCUUCAUGGGGAAGAGCUGUAGGAAUAUUGAGUUGAGGAGAAAAGGGAUUGUGUGUCAGGUCCCCAUAGAUCCUUAUGGGGAUGCUGCCAUUCUGGCAGGGAGGGCCUGAAUGCCAUUUUAUGACCUUUUCUUGUUUCUGCUCUUUUCUUAACUUUGAUGUACUUUCCUGGGAAUGGGAGGGGGGAGGAAUUGUUUGUGGCCAUCUGUUUUGUCUCAGCUCCAGCAGAAGGAGCAAGCAGUGCCUGAGAACAACUUCUUACCACCUUCUCAACUCAGAGGUCUCACAACUACUUUGCACCUGUGUAUUGGCUCCCCUUGGAUUGGGCAGAGGGGAGGGGUUUCUACAACUUUUUACCUAACUGUUCUGAGCGGGAAGUUCAGAUCCUACCUUGCUCUACUUACUGCCACUGUCUCUCAAUAAAUGUUUCCUUUUGAAAUCC